ACCAGCAGCACCAUGUCGGCGACCACGGCGUUCUCGUCGGCUCACCGCUACUACGUCAAGUCCCUCUACAAGCGCAUGCUUAAGGAUGCCCUCGACUGGACCAUCCAGCGCGACAUUUGGCGCAUGAAGGCCAUGCAGAUUCGCGCUGAGUUCGAGGCGAACCGCCACGUCACCGAGCCGCGCCAGCUGUCUGCGCUCUUGGCGAAGGCGGAGGCUCGUCUUAAGGCCGGGCAACACCCCGACCCCGUUAUUCCCCCCAAAUUCCCUGGUGGUACUCAAUGGGAGCGGAAUGCGCCGCCCGCGCACACUAAGCCGCCCUACGACCACGAGCACGAUCUGCACUAGACUGUACCGUGCUUACACAAUCAUCGUUGAAUCUAUCGCCCGUUCGCCGCCCUCAAUCCUCCGCCUUCAGGCAUGAACUCAAUGCAAUUACUAGCGAGUUAUAAUGCAAUCCACUCCAACCUCCUGCUACCAUGCGAGUCUAGACGUCCCUCUCCUCCGUCGCCACCCUCCUCGCCUCCCGCCUCAGCGCCUUCCGCGACCGCUUCUCGCUCACCUUCUUCCCCUUCUUCUCCUUCUUCAUCCUACGUUCCUCCGCCUUCUUCUCGCGUUCCUCCUUCCUCUUGUGGCGCUCUUCCAACAUCUCCAACCUCUCCUCACGCGCUUUGAGCUUCUCCUUCAUCUUCAAAAAAUGGUCGUGAUGCUUCCGCUUGAAGUGUAGCACGAGCGCAGCGGCAUUGGAGAAGGGUGCUUUGCAGAACUUGCACUCAUACUUUC